AUCAAUUGGCCUCCUACUUCACCAGAUCUCAACCCAAUUGAGAACGUGUGGAGGGUUUUAAAGCAGCUGUUGAGGAAAAGGAGGCCUCAUGGCAAUUGGACACUAGAGGAAUUGAAGGAUGCGGUCACAGAUAUUUGGGAUAAUGAGAUCUCUGCAGAAGAGCACUUCAACAAGUAUAUAGACUCUAUGCCAGAGAGACUCGAAAAGGUGCGGUUUAGGAAGGGUGGACAGACUCACUGGUAA